AUGUUAAAGAGCUAAAUGUAUUCAUAUACAAAUACAUAAAAAUACAAUAGUUCUAUUAUAAUGAUGUCUUAAUUUUAUGGGACUUCAAAUAGAGUAUUAUAUUUAACAUGA